AAACUUUACUUCAAGAUACUAAUUCAAGAAUUAGACAAGAAGGUGAAUUAUUAGAAGAGUUAAUUCCUAGUACUUAUGAAUGGAAAGUCAUAAAAGAGUUAAUUCAAUUGCUUGAACCUUUUGAGCAAGUUACAAGAUUGUUUAGUGGUCAAAAUUAUUCAACACUAAAUAUAAUAUAUCCAUGUAUGGUUUCUCUUCGUAAUUCUCUUUUAGAAAGAUUUGAUCAUUUUGUUACUUCUGAAGCAAUAGAAGUAAAAAAUGAAAUUAAUGAAGAUUUAGCCUCACGUUGGGACUAUCCAAAUAAUAUUGAAAUAUAUGCAUCAUUUUUUGAUCUUAGAUUUAAAGAUUUGGAAUUUUUAACUCAGGAAUUAAAAAUACAGGUAAUAGAAGAAAUUAAACAAGAAUAUGAAACAGAAACAACAUAUUAUACUGAAACAGUUAAUCAAACAUUAAAUAAAUCAA